CUCAGAUUAGGCACCAAGCAGACUUCCUCCACCCGCUGGGAAAAACUCAUCGUCGUACCUGGCGUGCCCUCAGCCUGUCCUGUUUGACAAACCAAGUUUCGUCCAAAGCCCUACAAUUCUUCUCUUUCAGCAAACAAUCUCGGGAAUCACAGACCUGCUUAAUUUGCAUUGACGUCGCCUUCCCAUUCGGAUCGACUGUAUCAUAUCGCACAUCAAAUUCCUUUGUCUCGCUUAGCAAACCUAAGUAGACGAGGCGAGUUUCUCACCCCAGCAUUCAACACUUCCAUCACAGCCAGCAGACGACUUAAGGAAAAAGUAAUCAUUGGCUCGCCAGGCCUGUAAUCCAUACCAACUGCCCGUUCCAACCUGAUUGCAAAACCCACGAAUCGAUUCAAACUUCCACUUGGGUCCUACAGUCCAUAUCUUUUUGGGUUCGUAUGUCUUUUCUGUCUGGCUUUGUCAGCCGGCCAUGAAUCGAUACCGAACGAUUCCUGGGCUAGGCCCUCAGAGGGCGAGUGCCAACACAGUCUGCCAAAAAUGUCUCAAAAAGGGCCAUUAUAGCUAUGAGUGCAAAGCCGGCAACCAAGAUCGACCAUAUGUCUCUCGACCGUCACGGACACAACAACUGUUGAACCCCAAAUUGAAGCCCAAGUUAUCCAGCGACAUUCCAAAUGACCUGUUGGAAAGUAAAGGAGUUGCCGACCGACAGUUGGCCGAAGCUGAAGCCCGAAGAAACGGGACUGUGCUAGAAGAGUCCCAGGAUCGAGGCGAAGAACAAAAACGGCGCUCUCUUUCGCCUCGACGAUCACGAUCGCGCUCACGUUCGCAUUCCUCAGAUUCAGUUUCCACAAUUUCAACUACUAGGUCCCGCACAAGGUCUCGUUCACUCUCACAGGGUGGAGAUGACAACUACAUGACCAGUCAACGAGCGAGCGGCAAUACUUCCAACAGCCCACCGCGCCAACGUCGAGGAAAACGAAAACAGCGUUCCUUGUCUAGUUCUUACUCGCGAUCCCCAGGCUCCUCCCGCCGCAGAGUACCUGGUUCGCACCGCAAAAGCCGUCGUCAUCGAACUAUCAGUCCAGUAGACCGUGGACGGCCCAGUUCUCUACGGCGAGGUAGCCAUCGUAGCCGUUCUAACAGUCCGAGCAUGGACAUUAGCCAAGUCACAAAGCAUCGAAGGUCUUUGGACUCUGGCAAUGACCUGGAUGACUCAAGAGAAAGGCAUCAUCGAGGACAGCACCGACAUCGGAGUCCUACACCCCCAGAGAGACGUGGUCCCAGACAGGCAAACACACAGCCGCGACAUCAACGGAAAGAACGCAGUCUGAGUCCUUACAGCAAACGUUUGGCACUGACCCAAGCCAUGAACAUGUAGCAUACUGGUUUACCACAAGACAUGAGAGCACGCGACUGGACCUUCUGCGUCAGGAUACAUUGAGGUUUCGGAUAAGGGUAUUUUUAUUCACCUCAGAUAAUGUCGUUACGUGCAUGUGGACACAAACACAGCACUGGAGUGUUUUUGAUAUCGGGUCCAGCAAGGCAAAACUAAUCGAUAUCGCCUUUUGUUUCAACACUAUCCUAAUGAUCCCAAAUCACGAGUAUUCUCCGAGGUACAGCUUGACAUGUACCUUUCAUCGCACAACCUGCCUGCGACGCAUUGCAAGAGCUGCUAUGUUUGAUGGCUUGGCCAAACCAUGGCGACCAGAUCAAUGACAUAUUGAACUGUGGGA